AUGGCUACUAACUCGCUCACAUAUUUAGUCAUCUUUUCUCUUCUUGCAAUCUCAUGCUCUAGCUUCAAUCCCAAACUGCUGAAUUUUUCAAGUAUUCAGCAGCAGGCUGAUGAGUCUAAUGGCUGGUCACCUGCUGGGGCAACCUGGUAUGGAAGCCCUAAUGGUGCUGGAAGCGAUGGUGGGGCGUGUGGAUAUACGAAUGCGGUUGAUCAGCCACCAUUCUCUUCUUUAAUAGCAGCCGGAGGCCCUUCACUGUUCAAAUCGGGCGAAGGUUGCGGAGCUUGUUACGAGGUUAAAUGCACCUCAGACGUUAAUCCGGUAUGCUCUGGAUCACCGGUUACGGUGGUGAUAACGGAUCAAUGUCCAGGAGGUCCUUGUACCUCAGAGUCCGUCCACUUUGAUUUAAGCGGCACCUCUCUUGGUGCCAUGGCCGCCUCUCCCGACAAGGCUGACCAAUUGCGCAACGCCGGAGUUUUGCAAAUUCAAUAUCGAAGGGUGCCUUGCAACUAUCCAGGAGUAUCGUUGACCUUCCACGUGGAUGCUGGCGCAAAUCCAAACUAUUUUGCUUCGUUGAUCGAAUACGAGGAUGGAGAUGGUGAUCUGACAGGAGUUCAGUUGAAACAGGCGCUGGAUUCACAAUCAUGGCUUCCGAUGCAGCAAUCUUGGGGUGCAGUCUGGAAAUUAGACACUGGGUCAACGCUGCGAGCCCCAUUUUCUCUUAUGUUGACCUCUGAUUCCGGCAAGACCCUGGUAGCUAACAACGUCAUUCCCGCCGGUUGGACGCCCGGAAGCACUUACAGAUCCAUUGUUAAUUUUUAA